AUGCGGUCUUUCUCGGAUAAGAUCUACAAUAGCGCGCAAGAUGCAUUUGCUGCAGCUCAACCAGAAUUUGUUCUCGAUGAAGAAGAAGUCCCAAACACUGUCAGCGCUGAAAUUGACGACUCUCUACCCACCAUCAACCCUGUCGACAUAUCUCGACCUGUGGUGAUUGGUAGUCAGGCGUGGAAGGCCGUAAGUUGGCAACCGCGGCUAGGCGACAUCACAGAAUACUCUAGCGAUUCAGACACGGAAGCUGGUCCCCGGGAUCCGCUUUCUAAGGAGCAGAGCGGCGAGGUCCCUCCACCUCCGCCCAGGCCUCGCCAGUCAUCGAGAUGGAAAGAAGAGCUCGAAAGAAAGCGUUCGGACAGCAUUCACAGCCUUGAAACAAUACAACAGUUUCAAUCUCGACUGGCCCAUACAGUGAGUGUUGGUAGUCGACGAUCGUCAAUUGUUGGCACUACAUUAUGGACGCCAAACGCUAUCCACUACCGCAUCAGAACCAGAACUGGCCAGGGCUCAAUAUCUGGCGCUUCUGCAUUCUCCCAGAUCGUUGAAGUCGACAGUACUCCUGGCGUGAACAAGAUUCAAGUUCCCCGACCGUUUUCGGCCAUCACGACGUUUCACGACCAACCCAUUACUCCGCUGUCUGCCGUACACGAACUGGCUACCCACGAUGAUGGCGAUAGGAUUUCCCCUUGGCGCACGAAACUACAUGCUGUAACUCCACUGGCGACCUCACUGUCUCUGGGCGCAUACUUUGCGUAUUUCGCCUACCGUGUUUAUGCAACCCUUGAAGCCCAGCGAACUCUUCAUCGGGUUUUCCCUGUAGCUUGGCUUUUUAUUGCUUCAGAAUUUCUUGUCUCGAUCCCUACAUGCUUCAACAGCGCAUAUACUUUGAUCUCGGCUGGAGGUCGCCGCCGGCCCAAGCUUCGACUCGAAGGCAAUCAAGUUCCUUGUGUGGACGUCUUCAUCACGUGUUGCAAUGAGGACGUUGAUGUGGUGGCUGAUACAGUCCGAGCGGCGUGCGUUCAAGACUACCCGUCUUCUCGAUAUAGAGUCAUUGUUUGUGACGAUGGUGCGGAUCUACAACUGCGUACCGUCAUCGAAGGUCUCUCACUGGAACACCUCAAUCUCUACUAUCAUGCUCGGAUCAAGAUCAAGGGCAAACCCCACCACUUCAAGGCUGGAAACCUCAUUGCCGCCACUGAGAUGGUCGAACUACUACCUGGAGGAGCGGGAGAGUAUAUUGCAGCUCUUGACGCGGACAUGAUUCCUGAGCCAGACUGGUUGCGCUGUGUCGUGGCGCACAUGGUCAAGGAUCCACAGAUGGGACUUGUCUGCCCGCCACAACUGUUCUACAAUGUUCCUGACAACGACCCACUUGUUCAAUCUCUCGAUGCGUUUGUUCAUGUCAUGGAACCGACAAAGGACGCCAACGGCGUCGCCUGGUGCACUGGGAGUGGUUACGUCAUACGACGCAAGGCUCUGGAGGCUAUAGGGGGCUGGCCCACUGGUUCUCUCGCCGAAGAUGUCUACACUUCAAGUCUGCUCUUGGGCAACGGUUGGAAGACCGCAUUCGUUCAUGAACCUCUGCAAUUUGGGACCAUUCCGGACACAUAUACCAGCCAUCUCAAGCAACGAACACGCUGGAGCCUUGGAACGAUUCAAACGGCGAUCAAGUUGAAUUUCUGCAUCUACGGGGAUGUGGUCAAGAAUAUGACUUUCCUCCAGCGACUCUCUGGCUUUCUCUUCCCAGCUGGAGAGCUCUUCAGUCUUUUUCUGACGGUCGUGCUCGUCAGCAUACCCGUGGUGCUUGUGUCUGGUGGCACGCUUGUUGCUUACGCCAAUUACAACGACCUGCGAUGGCAGAUUCGACUCGCCUUCAUCGCUUUGAUUCUUACUCGAUUUCACGAAUUCGUGGGAUACCUCCCGGCAAGCUAUCGAUUCGCACAACGCGACGCUUUAGCACAUGUUUGGAUGACGCCAUACCACAGCCUUACCGUCAUUCGAAGUGUCUUACUUCCCAGUUGGCUCGGCAUCAAGCCUAUGGCUUUCAAACCAACCGGCAGCAUCAAAGGCGAAUUGGGCGAACGGGAUGCACAGAACCGCGCUCCACUGUGGCGACGGUGUGUGGUAAUCAUCUGGACAUGUGAGUGCUACAUACAUCUGGCAUAUGUGCUGUUCGUGCUGGUCGCUGUGGCACUCAGUACUUCGCGCGCCUUCACGAGCGGACUUCAGGACACCACAGCAAAGCUGAUGUAUCUUUUGACUCAUGCUUUUUGGCCGCCCAUGCUCUGGAUAAUUUGUCUCACCGCCUUCGCCACGCCGCUUUUCUACAUGGUCUUUCCACCGACUGUGCCAGACCGAGAAGAUCUACUGGACCGCGAUCCCAAAACUGGAGUGGCAAGGCCGAAACCCUACUGGAAAAAGCGAAGAUGGGGGAAAUGGACUUUCUGGCAUGAGACCCAGUGGACCGUGUGCACAUUGUACUCGGCAGUGCUCUUCGUAGGGACGUUUAUAUAUUAG